GAAGAUUUGAAACCUUCGCUUUUUUAUGGAUCAGUUUUGGAGCGGCGAUUGGUAUUGGAAGGGGUCGGAUGGAAUGGCGGCUGAGGCUGAGGCGGAGGCCGAGGAAACAUUUUUACGCGCAUUGCGGGAUGCCGAGUACGGAAAUUGGAGUCCCUAUAUAUUCUUUGAUGCGACGGUUGAAUGCCCCUAAGAAGAGGCACGAUUCUAGAAUUCCCAUUAUGGAUCCCACCAAGCUGCACCUUCGAUCUAGCAGCCGACCCAAUUUGUUCGCCAGGACCAACUUCAAGAAUUCUUCCAAAUCCAGAUGCUGGCUUCCCCUUGCAGCCCUGCUUGCGUUUGCUUUCUUGUUCUCUUAUAUCCUCGUUUUUACAACCAACUUCCGCAGCUCCUUGAAGAUAAGGUACGGAAUCGUUAUAGAUGGAGGUAGCACAGGGACUCGACUCCACGUGUUUCGCUACAGAGUAGAGAGUGGCUAUGGGGUUUUUGAUUUGGGCGAAGAGGAAUUGACGUCGAUGAAGGUGAAUCCUGGGCUGUCGGCGUAUGCAGAAGAUCCAGACGGAGCUGGAGAGUCUUUGGUGGAGCUUUUGGAGUAUGCCAAGACUCGGGUUCCAAGGGAUCAAUGGGGGGUCACUGAAAUUCGGUUAAUGGCAACGGCGGGGCUAAGAGUGCUGGAAUUGGAAGUACAGAACCGCAUAUUGGAGUCUUGCCGGUGGGUGCUUCGUUCUUCGGGCUUCAAGUUCCGGGAUGAAUGGGCGUCCGUCAUUACAGGUUCUGAUGAAGGGACGUAUGCGUGGGUUGCGGCUAACUAUGCACUUGGCACUCUUGGAAGCGAUCCCCUCGAGACAACUGGAAUCAUUGAACUUGGUGGAGCUUCUGCUCAGGUUACUUUUGUUUCAAGUGAACCAAUGCCUCCUGAAUUCUCACGUACUGUUAAAUUUGGCAAUACGACUUAUAGUCUUUACUCUCACAGCUUUCUACAUUUAGGGCAGAAUGCUGCUCAUGAUUCCUUAAGAGAAGCACUUAGUAAAGGAGAGUUCAACUCAGCUAAAACUCUUCAAAACGGAUUGACUGUGGAUCCUUGUACUCCCACUGGGUUCUCUCAUACUUCGGAGUCUGAAGCACCAUCUCCAAGCGUUAUGGUGGUGGAAAGGAAUAGGUAUAAUAUGUCAUCUUUCCAUUCUAAGGGAAACUUCUCUGAGUGCAGAUCUGUUGCUUUAAUGCUGCUGCAAAAAGGAAAAGAGAAAUGCACCGAUAUGAACUGCCGAGUAGGAUCCAUUUUCACACCAAAACUUAGAGGCAAAUUUUUGGCGACAGAGAAUUUCUUUUACACAUCAAAAUUCUUGGGUGUUGGAUCGAGGGCUUUUCUUUCAGAUCUGGUGGUGGCUGGACAGGAAUUCUGUGGUGAGGACUGGGUAAAGUUGAAGAAGAGAUACAAGCUGCUUGAUGAAGAAGAUUUGGCGCGGUAUUGCUUCUCAUCAGCGUAUAUCGUGGCUCUCCUUCAUGACAGUCUUGGAAUUGGAUUAGAGGAUAAGGGCAGCAUCACAGCUGCAAGUGAAGUGCAAAACAUAGCAGUGGAUUGGGCAUUGGGAGCAUUCAUCUUGGUGCAAAGCACAGCUGCUGCAAUAGAGUCAGAACCGAAGAAGCAAUGGGAUUGGAUUGCAGAGAUGUGCGGGUAUGAGAUGCCCAAAAAGCUGUCAAUAAUAGGGGUAUCAAUUAUGUUGUUGUUCAUAGCAUGGUUGGUAUCAUUAAAGUGGAGGAAACCUCAGUUGAAGACGAUUUACGAUCUAGAGAAAGGACGGUACAUAGUGACCAGAGUGAGUAAAUGCUGACUGAUGUCUGACCAAUCUGCAAUCUGCAAGUCCCAAGAUGUUCAGAGAUGAUUGAUUGUAUAUUAUGUGUUUUUUGGUUCACAUCAUCUCCUCAUGUGUUGUAGGCUGUGUGUCACUUUUGUAGAAGAAGCUUUCCCUUUUAGCAUAUAGCGGGAGGACAGGCCGCCAUCCCCAUUUCCU